AUGACACUUUAUAGAUAUGGUAAUACUUCAAGUAGUUCUGUUUGGUAUGUGCUAGCUUAUUGUGAAGCAAAGGGAAGAAUUAGAAAAGGUGAUAGGAUUUGGCAAAUUGCAUUUGGUUCUGGAUUUAAGUGUAACACUGCUGUUUGGCGUGCAUUAAGGAAUGUUGAUCCAAUUAAGGAGAUUAAUCCUUGGAGUGAUGAGGUUCAUGAGUUUCCUGUUGAUGUUUCAAUUUGA